AUGUGGUUCAUCCAGCGACAGGUCAGGGGGAUGCGCAACUGUUUGGACUGCUGCUCAGUUCAAGAUAGGCCAGGGCGCUACACUGUACUGAGCCAAAAAGGAAUUGAGGAAAACUCUUUCCAAGGAAUUACACUAAAUGAAGGAAAAUCAAGCGACAAAACACUGGACGCCAAGCCAUUUUUCCAAGCUGUGGCCAAGAACCUGGAGAAUCGGAUGUUAUCCCAAGGAGGCCGGGUACCAGACAAAACGGGAUAUAACAAGUUCAUUGAGGAGUUGAAGGUGCUUUAUGCGCAGUAUUGGCCCGAGGACGCAGUCCCGUACGUGAGGUCGUGGGUGACCAAAGGACACAGAACUGCCACGGAUACGUGCAGUAAAACCCGAAACAGAGAGAAGGAGAAUAAUCCGGACCUGCUCGUGUUGUGGAGCAUUUUGGACAACUAA